CGUUAUUUCUUAUAUACUAGAUCCUAGCUCCUCCCAUGCCAUGUAACACAAAUCCUUAGAGCUAUAUACUUAACCUCAGACGACACACAUAGCCAGCCCAACUCACGAUCACAAAAGCACACAAUCGAUCGUUCAUGCACGUCCUUUCACCUCACCCAGCUCCUCCAUUGGCACUGCUACUUGGUCAUCGGGACAGCACAAGGACGGUCCGCAACGAGCUGGGACCGAUGGACGACGCGCUGUCGCAGAUCCACGAGGCGUUCCGGCUCGCCGAGGAGCUCAUGAGCGAGCUCCCGGCGACCCAGAACGACCCGGCCUACCUCGCCGAGCGCUGCCACAGCAUUGUCCGCGCCUACAUCGGGGUCAUCCGCAUGUUGCACCCCCACGGUGCGGAGCCUCCUCCCUUCGCCGGCCAGAAUCUCCUCCGCCUGAGCUUCCCGGAUCAGGAGGCCGGCGACAACCGGUUCCUCGUUGUUCCUAAGGUGCCGUCGCCGCAGCUGGGGCACCAGUUGCUGGAGCCAUUCCACACGCUCGGCGCGGACGCGUUGGGCGCGCAAGCUCCCGAGAUCCGCGCCGGAGCGGACGGUGCUGGGUCCUCUGGCGUCCCGGUGAGGCGGCGGUCUCCGCCGGUGCAGCCACGGCAGGGCCGGAGGAGGAGGGAGAGUGGGGAGAGGAUGACCGUGAUGGUUCCGGCGCAGCGGACGGGCAACACGGAGCUGCCACCCGAUGACGGAUACACGUGGCGCAAGUAUGGACAGAAGGAUAUCCUCGGCUCCCGAUAUCCCAGGAGCUACUACAGGUGCACUCACAAGAACUACUACGGGUGCGAGGCCAAGAAGAAGGUGCAGCGCCUGGACUACGACCCAUUCGUGUACGAAGUCACAUACUGCGGCAACCACACCUGCCUCACCUCCACAACGCCACUGCUCACCCUCCCCGCCCCUGCUGCGACCGCCACCACCGCCGCCAACACCGCAACAAACUCCCCGACUAGCUCGGCAGCCAUGCUCGCCCAGGACCUCGUCAUGGCGGCCGCCGAGCAUCCUCCACCGGCGCUGUCCACGUCCAUACAGCUCGGGUUCAGCUGGAUGUCGUCAAGCCUCGUCGGAGCUGGCACCAGUACCGGGGAGGGAAGCAGCGCGCAGGUGAACGUGCCCACCUCAGGGAGGGAGACUGAUUACCCGGUGGUGGACCUCGCCGACGUCAUGUUCAACUCCGGCAGCAGCAGGGGGAGCAGCAUGGACGCCAUCUUCUCUGCUCACGAUCAACGUGACAGCUAGAUGCAUGGAUUGUUAUAUGCAUCACACAGGAUGAAUAUCCUGUCCGAUACUUGGUUCGAAUUUUGAUGUAGUGAAGUUAUGAUUCAUGAUCAUUCAUGACUAUUUAACAUGUCCUUGAAGGAGUAGUUAUGGUAUAUAUGUUCAAGUUUAUUUUUUUUUAGCCACUUAAAAGAUCAGGUCUCAGUUAGUUCGGGCCUAGCUAAGCCAUGCUAAUAAAGGUGCUCACAGAUAUAUAAUACAUUCCGUA